CUAUUUGAGGACUUGCGGCCACGCUAAAGUAUUCAUUCGGUUGCUAACUUCGAAACACGUCAGACGGAUUUUUUAGUUUUUGGAUUAUAAUCUUCUCUCGCUCUCUCGGAGAUAAACUAUGGAUACGUUAAGUUGUAAUAAAAAUCUUUCGACACCUUUUUCAAUAAACGACAUUCUUACCCGCAACAAUACCACAAUUACGCCACACAUUUCGCGACGAAAAUCACUCGAAUCUGGUCCGACAAUGUUGUCCGGUGGACAUCACGAAAUGAGUAUUUACAAAUUGAACGCUAGGCAUACGCCAGAAACUGCCUCGAAUCCAAGUCCAACCUGUGAUAACGGGGAUAACUUGCACCCUUCGGACUAUUUUCAGUACUACAAUAAUAAUAAUCGCGGGGAAGGAUAUCUCAGCCGGUCCGCGGCAGCGGUACAUAUGAAACUUUUUCACUCACCACCAUCUUCGUCGGAGGGCGGAAGUGGCAACAGAAUGCAUGCUAUUGACAUGCGACGGUGCACAAGUAAUGACUCAGAUUGUGAUUCGCCACCGCCAUUAUAUCAAACGGGACAAUCGCACCUGCAUGAUGACACUAUGAGUGGUAAUAGCCGAAAGAAGAGGUCGCGUGCCGCUUUUAGUCACGCACAGGUAUUCGAAUUGGAGCGCAGAUUUGCCCAGCAGAGAUACCUUUCGGGUCCGGAACGUUCAGAAAUGGCCAAGAAUUUGAGGUUGACAGAGACUCAGGUUAAGAUUUGGUUUCAAAACCGUCGCUAUAAGACAAAGAGGAAACAGAUUCAGCAACAUGAAGCAGCUCUGCUGAAUGCUACCAAGAGAGUUCCGGUUCAAGUUUUGGUGAGGGAUGAUAGUCCGUAUGCUCAUAUGUUCCCUCAGGGGCCGUAUUCUGGGGGACUUGAUCCAGCUCUUCUGAAUAUUUAUCGCCAUCAGAUCCAAAUGGCUUAUGGAGUUGGAGUACCUUUACCACAAGUUCCAUUCCCAUAUUUCUAUCAAACAAAAAUUCCCACUGCCAUUCCACCGCCAAGUGGAGCGAGUACAACCGCCAAUCAUCAGAAUUUCCUAUCACAUCUCAAAGGUGUUCCAGUAAAUUUCUCCAAAAGUGAUGAUGGUCUUCGUUAUACAGAUUCAUCUCCAGCUCAUAGUCGAGAGUCUUCGAGCCCGAUGCAAUCUUCAUCUUGUGAUGAUCACACACCAAGAAGAUUAGAUGUUGUUGGAGAGUCUACUUCACCAAAUUUUAUUGCACGGAUAUCAUCAGCAGGUGCAAAUAUAACGACGACUGCAAUAGCGGCAUCACGUGCAACGGAAAGUAGCGGUGAUAGUGAAACAAUGGAAGAAGAAGAUUGUGAAAAUUUAGAAAUUGAUUAGAAGAAGAAUUAAGUGUUGCAUGUGAUUGUAAA